AUGCCAAAGGCCACCUUCGCCCCAUCGCAUGCCGCCCACCCCCGGGACCAGCGGUGGAGGCACUCCAUCCGUGCGGCAGCCCACGGGGCAGGGACGUCUCGGGUGGCCCCGGCCUGGGGACUUCCACCACGGCCCCGCAGCCACCAGCCCUCAGGACGCAGCGCAGCAGCAGGCCGGCCGACCCUCCAGGGGUCGUCCAGCCACCCUGAUGCGGGAGCCCCACCGCGGAGGAGCCACCCCGCUUCCCGCCACGGCCCCGGGCCGCACCCCAUCGCCGCCCGCGGCGGGCUGCCCUCGCCGCCGCCGCCGCCCAGCCCGAGCGGGGCGCUCCCGCCGGCCCGGCCGCCCGCGAGGGAGGAUGGCCGCGGAUCCCGCUCACCCCGAGUCCGCCGCCCUCAGCAGGCACCGCGAUGGAGGCCGCGCCGGAAAAGGAGAGGCGGCGGCCCCGGCCCCGGCCCCGGCCCGGCCCCGGCGUCCCGCGCGGAACUGAAGCUGGUGCGCCUGCUGAGCCGGUGCGAGGCGCUGGCGGCCGACAGGCGGGACCCGGAGGAGUGGCGGCUGGAGAAGUACGUCGUGGCUCUGGAGGAGACGCUGCUCGCGCUGAAGAAGCACUCCAGCAAACCAGCUGCCGAGGUGCUGAAUGAAUAUGCACGCAAGGUGGACUUCCUGAAGGGCCUGCUGGAAGCUGAGAAGCUGCCCUCGUCAUCGGAAAAGGCGCUGGCCAACCAGUUUCUGAUCCCGGGGCGGACCCCCACCACCACCAAGGAGCGCAUGCCAGCUACCAAGACAGUGCACCUGCAAGCCAAGGCCCGCUGCACGGGGGAGAUGAGGAGCGCCCUGCUAGAUUUGGGAGAUGCCAGUGUGAGAAAGCGCACGGCCCCGCUCCCGGGUGAGAAGCAGACGGAUGCGGAGCUGGACGCGGUCCUGCAGCACCACCACAGCCUCCAGGAGAAGCUGGCCGAGGAGAUGCUGCACCUGGCACGCAGCCUCAAGAGCAGCACGCUGGUGGCGCAGAACGUGAUCAAGCAGGACAACCAGACGCUGUCUCACUCGCUGAAGCUGGCCGACCAGAACCUGGGGAAGCUGAAGGACGAGUCAGACCGCCUGGAGCAGCACGCCAAGAAGUCGGUCAACUGGCUGCUCUGGCUGAUGCUGAUCCUCGUCUGCUUCAUCUUCAUCAGCAUGAUCCUCUUCAUCAGGAUCUUCCCGAAGCUGCGCUGACUUCCCGGUGGGGCCGUAGCGGCUGCACCCUGGCCCUCGCGCGCGCUGCCCACUUCCCCACGCGGCCCCCAGACAAUUCUCCCGCCAAGCAGCUGCGCCCGAGCCAGAAGCCCAGCCCAGCCGGGGCGCAGCCCUCCGACGCGCCCACAGCUUCCCCUGCGGCUCCAGAGAAGCCCCACCUGCCUGCACGCACGGCGCUCAGAGGCCCCCGCGGCCGGCAGGUGGCCAAGCCGGCCUGUGCACAUGUGGCUGCACCUGAGUUGCGCGGACCUGUGCGGAGGGAGUGUGGUGCCUCGUGACCCGCAGGGGCCGCGAGACCUGGAGCCAGAACGUGGCUGCUCGGGAGACCCAGUGCGGGCCCCUUCGGGUGGGUCCGGUGGGAGGCGCUGGCCCCUCAGGGGAGGGGCUGCGGGGGCACUGCUCCGUUGCUCUUGCUCGGACGGCAGGCACCCCCUGCUCCCGCUCCACUGCUCCCGAGCAGUGGCCGAGGGGAGUCGGAGUGGCCACGGGCACCCUCCUCAUGGCACCCCGAAGAGCUGGCAGAACAGUGCAUCACCUGGAGGAGCCGGCAGCUCCCGGGGCCUCUCCCUUCUCCCAAAGCCCGGUGGUGAGGAAGGCGCGUGGGCCCUCCAUGGCGCGGGUGCUGCUGCCUGUCCCGGCCCGG